ACAACUUCGCGUCACACUACAGCUGGGCGCCAGCUGAUAGAAAAUUGAGCGAGAAAAGUCAAUAAAGAACGCUUCUAUAUUGAUAACGUGGCCUAUAGUGCCAUAUUUUAGAGUUAUGUGAAUAACAGGUGUAGUUAAGGAAAACAUUAUUUACAAUGGCUGUGCAAAACAUCGCAGUGAAAUUAUGUGGUGUACUCCAGACGCAAUCAGAUGAAGAAGUAACGGCUCGUGAGUGGCGCCUAUUGGGGCAAGAACAGGAUGGGUCACAAGUUUUAUCCUGGGUCUCGAAUAAUGAUUGCAACGAAGUGCUCAACAUUGGUGUUUAUUUCAACAAAACUAAAACUCUCACUACUCUCUACACCUUCCAACAAAAACUAAACAUAAUACAAGCAUCAGUGAAUGCUACUCACAGUCUGCUGGUGUAUGUUGUAAAACAGCUACCUAUUGAAGACAGUGAAAUAGAACAGCCUCAGUAUUGCCCUUAUUUAAUAUGUCUACUUCCUGGUAAAGAAAACAGUCCAGUGGAGGUGGAAAAAGGCUCUAUGAAACAGAUAAUGGUCCAGUAUGUGUAUGGCAAGAGUAAUAAAUACAGCCCAGGAAUAAGGAAUGAUCGGUUUCUUCUUUUCAAACAUUUAGAAUGUAUUAAAAUCUACCGCACACCAUUAUUUUUGAAUGAGUGUGAUGAUGGAACAGAGAAAUGGGGUUUUGAUGGUAUCUAUCCAGAACCAGAGACUAUUGUGAAGGUGUUCUCAUGGGCGCAGUGGGAUUGUGCUAAUCAGGUGCUCUACUACAUACACUAUCGGCCGCCGACACAAAGCUUCGCCGAAGGGGAAGAGAUUAAAUCGCCUUCCGAAGCGACACCGACACUUUCAGCUCUCCAGUUCCACGCUGAUUUACCUCACGAGACUGUGCUGAACAUUCCGCUGAGCCUGCCGCACGUGUCGAGUUCUUCCGAGGGCGCCGCGUGCGGUGCGUACGAGGACGACCCGGUGCCACUGCGCGUGCACGAUUGCAGCCUCGACCUGCAGAUCGUGUGCGACCAGCGCGGCGUGCUAUGCAUAUGCCAUCACUAUCUGUAUAAGCCUCUAGAUGACUCAACCACAUCACUAGUGCUGGAAGACAGCGCGGACCUAAAGGACUCGGGCGUGAACUUCGCCUACUCCAUAACGUUGCUGCAACAUGGUACCGUGGUGCAUUGCGUGGUGCCUGACCUGCCGUGGACGCGAGCCAAGUCGCUGAGGCCUUCAUAUACUUUGUAUGCAGAAAACCACCUCCUAGUCAACAUCCCAAUGUUAUUCACGCACCUCAUCGACAUCAGCUUGCACCACGAGCCGUGCUGCCACAUCGUCAUACCGAUGGAGGACUGUGACAGUGGGCCCAGCCUCGCCCCGCUGCUGGGCUGGGGACCCCACGCCAUGGUCGACCUCAACACCUUAGAUGUAGUGGUGAUGACGGUCCAAGAGAAAGAUAUUACAGCAACGUUCAAGAGUAACACAGCUGUGGAGAACAAACUGGCAAUUAUGCAUUACUUGAUACAGCACGAGGGCAAUAUGGAGCUGGCUGAGGAGCUUAUAUCGUGGAUGUGCGUGAAUCAGCGUGAGGGUUUGGGCGCGCUGCAGCACGUGAUGCAGGAAUUCCUAAUUGGCACCACGUACGCCGUAACAAGACGUUCAUUGCCCACAUCUGCCCUGAGUCUCAUGAGGAUGCUGCCGUUCACGUUGCAUCUCAAGUUCGCCGAUGUCAAGGUGGGCGCGACGAGCGUGUCGGCGAGCCAGGAGCAGCUGUGGGGCAGCAGCGCGGCGGUGCUGGCGCCGCGGCAGCGCGUGUGCCAGUUCGCGGAGGACGUGUGGACGCGCGUCUGGGCCGCGCUCAGCGCCGCGCCCGCGCCGCGCCUGCGCCCGCGCGCCGUGCUCGACAAGCUGCGCCUCAGCCUGCCCUGCUACCAGCCGGAAGCGUUGUCACGAUGCAGCACACCGCUUUCGCCCAUGGGAGGGUGCGUCGGGGGAAUUGGGGGCGCGGGUGGUAUAGGCGGUGGGGGAGCGGGUUCUGCGCCAUCGCAACGUCGUGCCACGCACCACGACCUGCUGCCGUUCUUCGAGGUCGACGUGUGCACUGCCAGCAAGCAGGAGCACGUUAUUGCUGCGAACCUGCGGGAAGUGAGCGUACACCUGAUGCGGUCGAGCGGCGACAGGGCGCGGGGCGGGGGUGUGUCGGGGCCGGGGGCGGGGGCGGGUGCAGGGGCGGGGGCAGGGGGCGGACUGGAGAGCGGCGUGCACGCGCUGGCCACGCGCUGGGCGGCCGCGCAGCUGGACGCGUCGCGGGCAUUGUGCCGCGCCGUCACGCGCGCCGCCGCCGCCGCGCCGCACCACCACCAGCACAGGGGAUUCACAUUCAUCGAUGAAAUGGAGCCGACGCACGCGUUCAUCCUGUUCAAACUGCUGGAGCAGUACUACCUGGCGACGGACUCGAUCGCGUUCCCUCUCCCGGCCGGGUUCAGCUCGUUCUUCACGUACCUCGGCUACCGUACGCUGCCGUUCCACGCGUUCGUACAGUACGUGCACCGGAACGUGUUCGAAUUGCAGAUCGACGUGCUCAAGGCCAUUAUUGCUUGUAAAGAUGACAGUGAGAAAACGGUGAGCAAUAAGCUCCGUUUAAUCCAACUAGUGGGUGAAGGACGCGGGCGCCGCGCGCUAGCAGCGUGGCCGCAUAAGCGUGCUCUCCUGCUUCGCGCGCGUGAUCACGCCGCCUGCUUGCUGAGCGGCGGACAGGCAGUGGGGACGGCUGGCACCGCUGCCAGGCACCGCCCCGUGCGCGACGCUGGUAUAGCAGCGCUGCCGUCCGGCGAGCGUUUAUCACCACUGGAUACAUUUUUGGAUCUGUUGACAGCGAAGGCGAGUCUCAAUGAACUCGACUUCAACCUAAUCAUAGAAGCAACAUUAGCAUCCGUGCAGCAAGACGCGACCGCAUAAUGUACUUAUGUUUAUUGACCUCCAACCAUACGAUUAAAUACACUCCUAUGAAAUAACUCUUCUUUGCAUAAUGGUGGAAAUUAUGACAUUGAAUGCCCAAAAAUUAUUUAAAAGAACAAGUUCACUUUAAGUUGAUCGUGUCUGGAUACCUUUUUAAUGUCUAUUGCAGAAAAAAAAAACAUAGCUGUCAAAUUUAUUUUUUUAAACCAUUUUUCCUUUAAUUUUGAAUAUGAAUUAUUUCUCCAAUAAAUAAAAAAAAAACAUGCAUAGAAGGCUUAAAUAAUAAUAAUAUAUAAUUUACACGUCCUAUUAGAGCUAAAUGAGUGGGCAUGCAAGCGACAAAUAUUGUACAAGCAAUGGGAGAAUGUGUUUCGCUUACAAUCACGCGUUGCGUCAUAUCUUAAAAAUUAUUAUUGAAUAAAUGUAAACGAAUUUGUGGUAACGUUUCCAAAGUAUGCGGUUUUAAAGGAGAUAUUGUUAUGGUAUUUCUGAAUUCUAUAUGAAAUUGUCAUUUUUAUCUGUAAUGAAAAGGGUCAUGCCGGAUAUGACACACGUGGAGCGUUUGUUUAAUUGUUUUGAGUUACUACCGUAAUAUGUUAAUCCUUGUCAACUUUGUGACGAUAAUUGUCUAGAUUUAUAAGUAAUUUUUUGUGAUUUGAACAUUACAUGUCCUAUAAUUUCACUGCCAUAUCUUAAUCUUUGAUUUUUUUUCUGUUUCUUCAGAGAUUCAAUUGUUUUUAUUAAUUUUGAAUUUGUUAUAACAGGAUAGUUCUUAGUUGUGUUUGAUGUUACUAUAGGGAGUCUUAAUAGCAGACUAUAUAUAUAAUUCUUUGUUAAUUUGCGACGUCAUAAGCACUGCUUAUUUGUUUGUAUUGUACAGUCGAAAAUCUAAUAAUACGCAGUUGAUGAUUAUUACUAAAAGAAAAAUAUAAUAAAAAAUACAAACUAUGUAGAAUUAUUAAUCUAGUAUUAUCAUGUCUAGAUUGUGGUUUGCUUUAAAUUUAUUUAAUAACUCCUGUAUAUCGCAUCGUUAGACACUUUCUAUAUCACCUUUUAUAAUGGUAAAGUUAGACUAGUUAUUUUGAAAACCAAAGAAAAGCUCAAAGAUGCUUUGUUGUUUAAUUAUCUAUGACAUUCCAUACUUGUGCAAUAUUUU